AUGGCAAUCAAUGGUAACAGUAUUCCUGCCAUAAAGGAUAAUACCAUCGGUCCAUGGAAACUAGGUGAAACUCUCGGUCUAGGGAGCACUGGUAAAGUCCAGCUUGCUCGUAAUGGAUCCACAGGACAAGAGGCGGCAGUUAAGGUAAUAUCAAAAGCAGUAUUCAAUACCGGUAAUGUCAGCGGUACUUCGAUUGUUGGCUCCACCACCCCAGAUGCUCUACCAUAUGGUAUAGAACGCGAAAUAAUCAUUAUGAAGUUGUUAAACCACCCAAAUGUGUUACGUUUAUAUGAUGUCUGGGAAACAAAUACAGAUUUAUACCUUGUUUUAGAAUACGCGGAGAAAGGUGAGUUGUUCAACUUAUUGGUUGAGAGAGGUCCUCUGCCAGAGCAUGAAGCUAUCAGGUUUUUUAGACAAAUUAUUAUUGGUGUGUCGUACUGUCAUGCGUUGGGUAUUGUCCAUCGUGAUCUAAAACCGGAAAAUCUAUUAUUAGAUCAUAAAUAUAACAUCAAGAUUGCAGAUUUUGGUAUGGCUGCUUUGGAAACUGAAGGAAAGCUACUGGAGACGUCGUGCGGAUCACCACAUUAUGCUGCACCAGAAAUUGUAUCUGGUAUACCGUAUCAAGGUUUCGCAAGUGAUGUGUGGUCAUGCGGUGUGAUCCUAUUCGCCCUUCUUACUGGUCGGUUACCCUUUGACGAGGAAGAUGGAAAUAUAAGAACACUAUUACUUAAAGUUCAAAAAGGUGAGUUCGAAAUGCCUUCUGAUGAUGAAAUUUCGCGUGAAGCUCAGGAUUUGAUUAGAAAAAUCUUAACCGUUGAUCCUGAAAGAAGAAUCAAGACCAGAGAUAUACUCAAACAUCCGCUAUUACAAAAAUAUCCAAGUAUAAGAGAUUCUAAAAGUAUUAGAGGCUUACCAAGAGAAGACACAUAUCUCACGCCAUUAUCAGAAAGUAAUUCUUCUAUUGACGCUACGAUUUUGCAAAAUUUAGUAAUAUUAUGGCAUGGAAGAGAUCCUGAAGGAAUUAAGGAAAAACUAAGAGAACCUGGCGCUAAUGCAGAAAAGACAUUAUAUGCACUACUGUAUAGAUUUAAGUGUGACACUCAAAAAGAGCUUAUUAAGCAACAGCAAGUUAAGAAGAGGCAGUCAAUUAGUAGCGUUUCUGUUUCCCCAUCUAAAAAAGUAUCGACAACUCCACAACGCAGAAGAAAUAGAGAAUCUUUAAUUAGUGUAACAUCUUCUCGUAAAAAGCCAAUAUCCUUCAACAAAUUCACUGCCUCCAGUGCCUCCUCCAGCAAUCUAACUACACCCGGUUCUUCAAAACGCCUUUCAAAAAACUUCUCUUCAAAGAAGAAAUUAUCUACAAUCGUUAACCAAUCUUCUCCAACACCAGCAUCACGUAAUAAAAGAGCUUCGGUUAUAAAUGUGGAAAAGAAUCAAAAAAGAGCCUCUAUCUUUUCUACUACCAAGAAGAACAAAAGAUCUUCUAGAUCUAUCAAGAGAAUGUCAUUGAUACCAAGCAUGAAACGUGAAUCGGUGACAACAAAAUUAAUGUCAACAUAUGCGAAAUUGGCAGAGGAUGACGAUUGGGAAUACAUUGAGAAGGAAACAAAGAGAACGAGCUCAAAUUUUGCAACUUUGAUAGAUGAAAUUUUUGAGUACGAAAAGUACGAACAAAUAAGGAAAGAGAAGGAAGAGCUAGAACGUAAAGUGAGAGAAGCAAAAGCACGUGAAGAGCUGGAACGUAGAAGACGUAAACAAGAAGAAAAAGAACGUGCAAGAAAAUUACUAGAAAAGGAAGAUCUGAAAAGAAAACAGGAGGAACUCAAGAAGCAAAUUGAAAUUGAUAUAAGUGAUCUAGAGCAAGAGCUGUCCAAACACAAAGAGGAAAAACUGGAUGGUAAUAUUAGAUCUAUCUCUGCUCCUAUGGAAAAUGAAGAGAAAAAUAUCAAUCAUUUGGAGGUUGAUAUUGACAAUAUUCUCCGUCGCCGCAACUUUUCUUUACAAACUAGACCUGUGUCAAGGCUUGAUCCGGGUAUAAUGUUCUCCAGUCCAACUGAGGAAGUAAGUCCAGUGGAACCAAAGAGAACAGAAAAUGAAAGACUUACAACAGAAAAGAAAAUUUUAGAAACUAUCAGAAGAUCAAAAUUCUUGGGUUCAUCAUUUAAUAUCGAUAAAGAGUUGAAAUUGUCUAAAAUGGAAUAUCCAAGUAUAAUUGCACCACAAAGAUUGUCAGAGGAGCGAGUGGUGUCAGAUUCUAAUGAUGGAUAUGAAUCUUUGAUCCUCCCGAAGGAUGGGAAUGGCGUAUCUCAAUUAAAGGAUAGUACCGCAACAACUGCUCCCGUCUCUGAUGGUAGGUUGAGGAAGAUCUCUGAAAUUAGAGUACCACAAUUUACUAGAAAAUCAAGGCAUUUUAGUGAGUCCAAUAAAAGGCUAUCUGUCCUGUCGAUGUACUCUACCAAGGAGUCGUUUACCAACUUGGUUGAUAUUUUGAAAAACGGUAACCUUGAUGUCAAUAACCAACAAAGCCAAAGAAUUCCAACACCAAGAAGUGCGGAUGAUUCAGAAUUUCUUUUUGAAACUGUCAACGAAGAAGCUGAAUAUACAGGAAAUAGUUCGAACGAUGAGAGAUUGUACGAUGUCGGUGAUUCCACUAUCAAAGACAAAUCCGCGUUAAAGCUGAACUUUGCAGAUCGUUUUAAUGGAUCGAACGAAGCGAAACAAACUGAUAACUUACAUCUUCCGAUCCUUCCUCCGCUUAAUGGUGACAAUGAAUUGCGUAAACAGAAUAGCCAAGAGGGUGACCAGGCACAUCCAAAGAUUAAAUCGAUGAUACCAGAAUCAGGCUCUUCUUCACAUACUGAAAAGGAAGAAGAAAAUGAGGAAAAGGAAGAGAAAAAGCCAGAACAACACAAACAAGAAGAGGAUCAAGAAAAAAGAGAGAAAGUAGUAGAUGAUAUGGAGCCACCAUUGAACAAAUCUGUGCAAAAAAUUAGGGAAAAAAAUGCUGGCUCGCAGGCAAAGGAUCAUUCAAAAGAUCACUUAAAAGAGCAUAAGCAGGAUAAAAAUACAGCAAUUGGAAAUGGUUCCUUCUUUAGAAAAUUCUCAAAAUCUUCGGACAAAACAAUGGAAUUGUAUGCCAAGAUUUCUGCAAAACAAUUGUUUAAUGGUUUAGAGAAGCUGUUGCGUGGUUGGACUCAGUAUGGUUUAAAAAAUAUAAAAUCGCACCCCAACAAUCUGACCUUAACGGGUAAACUAUCGAGUGAUAAUAUAUUCUCACUACGUUCAACACUCUUUGAGGUUAAUAUUUAUCCGAGAGGUAAGAUGAGCGUUGUGCAGUUCAAGAAAGUUUCUGGUUCAUUCAAAGCUGUCAAAAAGUUGGUCAAUGAAGUUGAGAACGUCCUGAAUAAGGAAGGCGUUCUACAAAAAUAG